AUGACAACAGCCAUCGAGCGCCACAAGCACGGACUGUUCACCUUCGCCACGACGUCACCGUUGUUGCUGACGGUCAACUGCGGUCAAAACGCACACAAUCAAACGAAAGGCUCUCCUCGCAAGCGUUCCGCCACUCAUCAACAGGAGUCCUUUCUUCUGCCUACCAUACCACUCGAGUCGGCCACCAUCAUGAGGAUGUUAGAGGCCGGGGACGACCCGUGGGCAGAAGGAGGAUUCCAGUUUGACGAAGGGCACCCUCAAGAAAAACUACCCUCACGUCCGACCGACCUCUUACCCUUUGGCAUGAGCGUGACCUCCCAACCUAUCUGGACGAGUCAUUGCGCUUGGAGGGUAUUUCAGGCUCAUCCUGCUAUCUAUGUCAAUCGCCAAAUGCCCCCUUCCGCUGUCGAGAUUGCUUCAUGGACUGUGUAUUCUGCAAACAAUGCCUACUACACUAUCAUCAAAACCUACCGCUCCAUCGCCCCGAGGUACGCUUUUCUUCUUCUUCUUCUGAUUGAGCUUUUGACUCAUUGGCAUAAGCUCUGGAACGGGUCGUUCUUUGAACUCAAACCCCUCAAACAGCUCGGCCUCCGCAUCCAACUCGGCCACCCUCCAGGUCAAAAAUGUCCCGGCACUCUCGCUCGUGGUACAUUGGGAGGGCCUCCACAACACGACGAUUUCUGUAUUAUCGACUGCAAUGGCAUACACGAAGUUGCUCUCGACAUAUGUACUUGUCCCUCAGCCCCCGAGCGAGCUACUCAAUUGCUUCGUGCCCGCCUAUUCCCGGCGACGUCUACUAGACCGCGGACUGCGGCGAGCUUUCAAGUGCUUCGCCUCUUCCAUCUUGUCUCUUUUGAAGCGAAAUGCUCGCCAUUCGAAUUCUACAAUGCCUUGGCCCGGCUUACCAACAACAACGGCACUUUUCAGCCUCGAGAUCGUUAUCGCGAGUUUGUCACCAUGACUCGUGAAUGGCGCUUCAUCCAGAUGGUCAAGCGCGCCGGGCAGGGACACGAGACUGGCGGGUGUCGCAAUAUUCCCGCCGGCGCUUGCGCUCUCCUCUGUCCUGCUUGCCCACAGCCCGGGAAGAAUUUGCCCGCCGACGGCAGCUGGAAGAAUGGUCCUCCUCACGAAAGAUUUCGCUACUCGCUGUUUCUUGCAAUUGACGCGAACUUCAAAAUGAAACGAAAACAAGUCUCGUCAGAAGGUGUCGAUCCUGGCCUCAACCAAGGCUCGGCAUUCUUUAGUGAUGUCUCUACUUAUAUGGAUCAUGUCCGCAAACAUUGGGGUCUCGAGCAAGAGAAGAGCACUUGCGUUUCGCACGAUGCGGUCAACGAGCCCGACCGCGAAUCGCGCGGGACAGCAUCAUCCGGAAUCGGAACUGUUGAUUGCGCCCGCCACAACAUGAAGCGGCCAAACGCAGUCGGAGACCUUCAAAAAGGCGAACGAUACAUCAAUAUGGAUUACAUGCUUUGGAAAAGCCUUAACCCCGCGCAAUAUAACGACUUGGUCGAUAUCAUCGUCUCCUACGACAUUGCAUGUCAGUGGAGCAAAAAUGUGUGGCUCCGCAUUGCCAAGUACGACGACCCCUUACGCGACGCAGCCUUGCGAAAUCCCACCCGUCGUUUCGUAUUCCUCAUCCCCAAAUUCCAUCUUCCGGCCCACAUUGAGCGCUGCAACGUCGACUACUCAUUUGAUCUGACACCCAACGUUGGCCGUACGGAUGGAGAAGCUCCGGAGCGUGGUUGGGCGAAUGCAAAUCCCCUUGCAUCGAGCACGAGAGAGAUGGGACCUGGAGCUCGCCGCGACACCAUUGACGACCACUUCAAUGAUUGGAACCACAAGAAAAUUCUUGGCAUAGGGAAAUCGCUCUUGGAGAAGAUGAAGACGGCGAUAACAGAGAUGGUGGAAACGAGGAUGGAGCUGGCGGAGUUAGAGGCGGUUCUGCCCAUGGGUGUCGUUCAAAGCUGGCACGAGGCGAUGGAAAAGUGGGAAGAAGACGCGACACAACCAAAUCCAUUCAGCGUUACGUCAAAAGUGGAGUCUGUACAGGACAUACGCGCCAGAUUGAAAGAUCCCUCGCCGUCGGCAUUUUAUGAAGCCCCUCCAGCAUUCAACACCCUCGACGACAUCCAUGACGACCUCCAUGCCGCUGACCUGAUCGCAAUGGCGCUGACGCUGGAGGAGCAGCGCCACACAUUAGCCAGCGAUGCAGCCGAGCUUGGAAUCCACGCAACGACCAUCCAGAAGGCUUCCAUUUCGGAACGCGAGGCCAAACUGCAACGGAAAUUCGUUAGCUGGUUCGAUAUCCAGAUCAAUUUCGCACCUGAAGUCGCCGCUGUACGCGCAGGAGACGACAGCCGCCUCGCUAACUCAGGCGAUGUCGAAACUACCCGGGGUUCAACGCUCUACGACAUGCAACUACUCUUGCCCUCCUCCCUCAUAUCGCGUUCGGGUGUUCUUGUCCGGCCAAGCCACGCUUGGUACGAGUUCCAACUGAGGAAGGGCCGAGCUCUUCAUCUUCUCGAGGAACUGCGACGGCUGCUGCUGGUUAGAACCCAAAAGUACAAGGCCAAAGACAAGCAUGCCUCUGGGGUUGCCGGGCACACGCGAGCAGGAAAGGCGAUCCAAGCUAUCGAUGGGAGGAUCAGGCACAUUGCCGAGGAUUAUAGAAGAACGCGCACCGCUUUGUUGAGCCUAACAGAAGUCGUGGGCAACACAACAUGGAAAGCGGUCUUGAAGGACCUCAAGCAAGCCGAUGUGCGAGCCAUGCCUCGUGCUCUCUUUGCAGACCCUGACCAUCGCAAGCGCAAGCGAGGGGACGAUGACACGCCGAAGGAAAUGUCGUGGAUUUGGAGGAUGGGCAUUGGGAGUGUCCCCGUCGAGGUAGCGGUGGAUUCGUUGAGUGCUGCAGCUGCGUCAAGCGCGGAGGCUGCCGUUGCGGCCACUAAUGAAGGGCUCCGUGUUGAAUGGGCAAAAACGCGCGCCCGAGCAAAGCGGUGGGCAGAGGAGGUAGAGUUGUUGCAGGAGGAGAUGAGAAGGGUGCUCGUAUUCUGCUCAUGGAGGGCUGGGUGGUGGAAGGAGAGACGAAACCGUCGCGAAGGCCAAGGCUUGGAUAGUGCGAUCACAUCGGGUCUUCGGGCCUACGCUGAUCGUCAGGCACACAUUCAAGUGGCCUUGCGCACUCAAUUUGAAGGCAAUUGGCGGGACAUCCCCACCUUUCUCGAGCUUGGCCUGAAGCAGGUGAAGCAAAUCCAUAUCGAUGCGCAGAGCCAAUUGGAGGGGAUGCUCUCGAUGACUGUUGAUGAUGACGCGGCGUUCCAGGCUGUUCCAGAACGUCCGGACCAAAAUUGA